UAAAAAAUACACACGGGCAUAGAUUGUUUAACUAAUACCUUUUUGCUCAUAAGCAGUUUUAACUGAAAACUGCUGAGAAAUAAUGCUUUAUAUUACAAAGCAUUACUGUUGGUGGAUGUAAAGCAUGCAUUGGUUUUUAGUUUCCUAAUCCUACCUAUUACUGGCACUGACCUGCGCAGUGGCUGCACAGUAACUCUGUGGAUGUACAAGUUGUUUACUUCAGCACAACACAACAACAGACCACAUUUCAGGUUUAUUUCUGCUGUUUCCUCUCUGUGUCUCCAUCUCUCAUAGUGACAUGGGGCUUAUGUGUGGGGGCGGGGUCAAAGAGGCUCAGUCUGAGGGAUUAUCAUUGUACUCUGCACACCCACACCCACACACACGUACAGACAAUUUAGGCUGAAUUGGACGACUGCUGAGUUUUUAAGCAUUAUCAACCCUACCCCCACAUUUGUAGAAGCACACACCCUGAGCAAAGGGGCUUUAAGCGCUGUCAUACACAUCACUGCGUCCCAGAGCAUGUCAGGCGACCACCAAGGAAACGUGGGAGGAUCAAAACAUCAGUAACCUCAUCUCCUGCUGCAGUGACUGUAAUACAGCUUGGAUGCUGUAAACAGAGGCGGACAACACACUGUAAACGCUGCUCUGUGAGUGUGUUUGUGUGUGAGUGUGUUUGUGUGACCUAAGUGGAGCAAAGAAGAUGAUAUCUUAGUGGACACCAGCCAGUGGAUCAAAAUCAGAUGGAGGGAGAGCCGGCCUGUCUGACUGGAACCAGAGGAGGAAAGAGGAGCGAGAGAGUGUGCUCGCGGGAGGAGAGGAAGAGGAGGAAGACGUCUGGUGUAGUGGAGGAGGGCCCCACCGGCCAGCAGAGACACCCUGACAGCUCAUCCGUGUCCAGUGUCUCCCACGAUGACCGCAGUUCAGCAGCCAGUGGCCUUGACGUGGCUGACCGACUGACCUAUCUGGAGCAGAGGAUGCAGAUGCAGGAAGAUGAAAUCCAGCUGUUGAAGAUGGCUCUGGCCGACGUCCUCAAGAGGCUUAACAUCUCUGAAGAGUACCAAGCAGCUGCUGCUGCUGGCAGGAGACCAUCGGGUGCCAAAGCCAGGCCAGUGUCUCUGGCUCUGCCCUCCAGACCGCCCAUGGUGACCUCCAGCACUGCCUCCCUGAAGAAGAGCACCACACUGCCCUCCAGCGCCACAGCCAGGAACUACAGCCCAACACCGCCCCGCAGUGGUGUGAAAAGCCCACUAGGUAGUGUGAAGGACAGUCCAUGUAAGACCACUAAAUCACGACCCACCUCUGCAGCCUCCACCUGUAAGAAACCUCAGGAAGGCAAGUCCAAGGAGGCUGCAGUAAGUGUAGGGACAAGGCGUGUGACGCACUGCAAAGUGACUAUGCAGAUCUAUCUGAGCCCCCUCACAAGAAAGACUGGGUCUUCUGAGACCGCCAAAUCUGCAGCCACGGUGCCUGCCAACAGCGGGCCCACGGCCACACCGCAGGCGAAGGGGGGGAACAAGCCACAGGCGAGGAAAACAACCCCCACUUUCACCUUAAACCUGCAGAAAACCACAAGCAGCCACAACUCAGCACAGGACACAUCCAGCUACAAGAGCCCCCUCAAAUCACCAAGCCAGUACUUUCAGAUUUGUUACUGAGGCAAGUGGAUAGCGACUGAUUUACUGCAAGUGUGUCCUUGCAAUCGAGUUUACUAAACCCCAAACUUAUUAUUUUAAACCUCAAUAAACCACUUGAACAGAAACUGCAAAUAAAGACUUUUUUCCAAUGGUGAAAAAACAAGAAAUUGAUUUUAAAAUGGGGAUGAAUACACCAAUCUUCCUUGUUGGUCAUCCUGACUUUGUUGCAAUUGUGUAUGUACAACAACUUGAGCACUUACAGCAUUUUGAAACAUUUGAGUAAAUGUCAAUACAGUGUUUUAUGACAGUGUUAUUUAUUUAAAGCAUAGUAUGAAAGCUUUAAAGCAUUUUUAGCCUCAUUAUAGUCAUUGAUCCAUUUCUCUCAUCCUAGUACCUGCGUAUUGUUUCAUUGAAUGCCUGUGUUUACUGUAAACGUUCUCUCUGUCACUAUGUAUGUGAAGUUUUGAGUUUUUAAGUAAAGAUGUGUGUCUGUAGGUGUCUUUGAGCACUGACUGUGUGAUGGACGAGGGGGAACUGACGUCAGUGAGCGUGUGUCACUGAGUCUGUCUCAUGCCUGUGAGCUGUGAUGUUUCUAGUUUUGUAAUAGAUGUUCCACUUCAACACAGGAUGUACCAGUUAAAAAGGCUCAUUCUAGUUCAGAACAAAUAAUAAAAAAAACUAUAAUCAUGAAA